AUGUGGAAUUCUUCGCCGACUUCGCCAUUCGAGCUGCCUAUUACCUUAACCUCCCCCGUAUCAGGCCCUGUGCCCCUCCCACGCAUCGUCGAGCGCUGGACUGUCCCACGGAGCAACUUCGUCCAUAAGAAGAGCAAAGAGAAUUUCGAGCGGAUAACCAUUCGGCGCUUAGUCCAGAUCAAAGAUGGGAACCCGGAAGCAGUCCAGGCGUGGCUGGCUUUCCUCCGCAAGCAUGCCUUCUACGGAGUUGGUAUGAAGGCUAACGUCUGGGAGCAUGAUAAUCUGGAUGCCGGGAAAUCAAUGGACAAAUCUCUUCCAGAAGUCGAGAAAACGCUUGCUCCCCAUCUAUCUCUAUUUGGCCAUCGACAAGACAACUCGGCCAAGCAAUCGAUAUUCGAUACAUUGCAGAGUGACCGAUUCGCCGAACGCAAGAAUAUUUGA